AUGUCUGACGUAGAAGAAGUCCAACAAGUUGUUGUCGAACAACAAGAAGUUACCAUUGAAGACGCUUUGAAGGUUGUCUUGAGAACCGCUUUGAUUCACGAUGGUUUGGCCAGAGGUUUGAGAGAAUCUGCUAAGGCUUUGUCCAGAGGUGAAGCCCAAUUGGUUGUUUUGGUUGAUUCCGUUACCGAGGACAACAUUAUCAAGUUAAUUGAAGGUUUGACCAACGAAGCUGCUGCUUUCAGAGAGGACAAGGCUCCAAUUCCAUUGAUCAAGGUCGCUGACGCUAAGCAAUUAGGUGAGUGGGCCGGUUUGGGUAAGAUCGACCGUGAAGGUAACGCCAGAAAGGUCGUUGGUGCUUCCGUUGUUGUUGUCAAGAGCUGGGGUGCUGAAACCUCCGAGAGAGAGAUCAUCUUGGACCACUUCUCUCAACAAUAA